AAGAGACUCGGACCUGUGGAGUGCAGAGCCACAAGCUGACGGGACCUGUCGCUGGAAAUCUAGAGGGUUCGGACCCCGUAUCGCGACCUGUGGAGCGUGGAUCUGUCACUUCGGACUUGGCACUUGGGGUCCAUCAGCACCGAGUUCUCUUUGUGGCUCAUUUGAAGGCUUAAUGGCAUGGAGCGCUGGGAUCUGAUGAUUUGAGCUCGGGGUUAUAAAGCACCCCACCCCCUACACAACCCGCCCCCCACCCCAGAUCCUGGAACGGCAGCACACUAACGGGCGCUUUUCUGCACUGAGGCGAGACCUCCGUGCAGCUGCGCCGGGAUGUUCUCAUUGGCGAGGCGAGCCGUAGCGUCUCCGCCGUCGCUGCUGCUGCAAGGCGCUCCAAGAAUGAGGGGGGACAGGUGAGCGCUGCGCCUCGGAUAUCGUGACACCUGCAGCCGCGCCUUGGGGAUUUCUACUUGCUUCUUCUCGCUUUCAAGAAGGAUGCUGUUGAGAGGCCUCACUUAGUGGAUGAGUUUCUAGUGUGCGGGUCUGUGCGGGAGUUCGGGGGGCUGGUGAGGAUGCAGGCGGGCCCGAGAGCGCUGUGUGCGGCCACUGGAGCGUCACUUUGCUGCCUUUGCCUGCUUUGGCUAAUCUACGCGCAUUGGUUACGAGAAGGUCAGCUGGCGGUGGGGACAUGUGAAAUCAUCACUCUGAACAGAGACAGCAGUCAGCCAAAAAGGAUGAUUGCCAGGCAGACAGCCCGCUGUGCCUGCCGAAGAGGGCAGAUAGCAGGGACCACUCGGUCAAGACCUGCCUGUGUGGAUGCUCGAAUCGUUAAAAGCCGGCAGUGGUGUGAGAUGACGCCCUGCUCAGAAGGAGAGAUCUGCAGUCUGCUGUUCAACAGGUCUGGCUGGACGUGCAGCAAAGGAGGAGGAAGGAUGAAGACGGUCACGCCUCUACCCAAGGAGCCAUCUUAAGCUGCUGAGGGGAGGUUUCCUGACCGCACGAAGACAGAUGGAGGCACUCAUCACACACAGCAUCACAUCUUCACACACCUGAAUCCUGAAUCUUGACCGCAUGGGAAGGACUUCAUCUGGCUGGAGCUCAGGCCCCAUCACAGUCCCACUGUUCAAUGCUUUGGACGGAGGCAGCAGUGGAAUGGACCUGCCCAGCUCUGCCCAGUGGAGGAAUCACUGAGGAAGCUCAGUUUAUGCAGACUGUGGAGCAAUGAAUGGUCAGCAAGUCUGAGUUGCUCACAAGAGCACCCCCUCCUGGUUUGUUGUGGACUGAGUUGGCUGCACGCACCACGCUGGCACAAAGAAAGACAUUCAGUUGGGCUGAAGAACUGAACAUUUUUUCUGAAGCAGAUGCAGCUAUUACUCUUCAAUGGGGGGGUGGGUGCACAUUUUGAGGGGCUGGUGACCUGGAGAGCGGCUUUUAUGUGGUGCAUGGCUACGAGAAACUUUUUGUUUGUUUGUAUGUUUUUUUUUUAUUGACAUUGUCACCUGCUCAGAAUGUGUGGUGUUCAGCUGGGGUUGGGGGGAUACUGGCCACUUCUUCUUUCUGAUCAUUGGCCAGCUUUCCAUUGUACCUGGCAGGCCUCUGAACUGGGUUGGCAGACUUUUUUGGGGUGGGAGGUUUCCCCAGUUCCCCAGUUCUCCAGUGUAGGAGCAGGCUGAUAACAUGGUAUACCAAGAUGAGGGUGAUCUGAAGCACCAUUUUAAACCCUGUGCGCAAACAAAGUGAUGGUGGUUGUGCCCAAGUAACAAGCACAUGAGACCAAAGUUGUGCCCAAGGGGUAGGUAAAAUGUCAACACUGCCUCUUUACUCGAGUGUCAAAUGUUGAGGUCGAGACAAUGGAUGUGAAAGUGUGAAUGGGUCCCACCAUCAGCCUUAAUGCCAAUCUCACCAGCCUCCUGCUUAGUCCUACGUCAGAACUUGCUGACCUGUUUGCUUCAAUUCCAGUCUCCUAACAGAAGAUGGCCUGCAAUUCCGGGAGAGUAUAUGCAUCUACUCUGCUCUUAAUUAAUGAGCACAGAAAGGUCUGAUGGUGGGCAGGCACUUAUACCUUGGAAACAUUGACCACAAAAUAAUGAUUAAAACAAAA